CGAAACCAGAGAGGAAUACGAACGUAUGGAAAAGUGGAUGGACGAGCACACUGAGUUUGUACAUGAUUAUUUUUCACGGAAAGCGAAGCGCAGCAUGGUUGACGGGUGGCUUAUUGCUCAUGCUAUGACACACAGCGGACUACACCUGCAAUCGGACAGUCUUAGUACGUCCAGUGGAUCCAACUCCAAACCAAGUUCAGGUGCUAAUACCCCAGUGAGAAAAAUCUCAGCUCAGGAAUUUGACAAGGGGGGCAUCCUGAAGCCGAUCAUAUCGACUGUUGAUGGGACUCCUACUUUUCUGGGCCCUUCCUCAUCCACGGGGUCAUGGCAGGGGAAAACCCGGAAAUCUAUGAGCGAGCUGAAAGCUCUUGACGAGAAAGAGCUUAUGUAUGAGCUGGUCAUUGACAUUUGUAAUGAUUUAGACGUUACAAGUUUGUGUUAUAAGAUUCUCCUUAAUGUCUGCAUUUUGCUUAAUGCUGACAGGUGUUCGUUGUUUCUGGUGCAGGGAAAGGGCACCAACGAAAAGUGGUUAGUAUCGAAACUGUUUGAUGUGAGUAGCGACUCCACUUACGAGGAAGUAUGUGAGCGACAGGACGAGAUUCGCAUCCCGUGGGGUACGGGCAUCAUCGGCUAUGUGUGUUUGACGGGCGAGGUUGUCAACAUUCCCGACGCCUAUGAGGAUCCUCGAUUCAACAGUGAUAUUGAUGUCCAGAUGGCCUACAAGACCAGGAGUAUACUCUGUAUGGCCAUCAAGGACAGUGAUGGGGAGGUCAUAGGGGUAGCACAGGCCAUUAACAAAAUCAGUGUCCGAGACGAACCAUUUGAUGAACAUGAUGAAAAGGUCUUUGCCUCCUAUCUUGCAUUCUGUGGUAUUGGUGUGAAAAAUGCUCAACUUUAUGAAAGGUCUCAGCUUGAAAACAGAAGGAACCAGGUGCUACUGGACCUAGCCCGUGUGAUAUUUGAAGAACAGAGUAAUGUUGCUAACCUGAUCCACAAGAUCAUGAUGCACACCCAGUCCUUGCUGCAGUGUGAGAGGUGUCAGGUGCUCCUCGUGGAUGAUCUCUCAAAGGACAAAAACAAGCAGCCUAGGUUACCCUUAGAAGCGGGUAUAUUUUCUCAAGUCUUUGAUCUCCAAGCUAGUGACUUUGACAAUGAUGACACCUAUAACAGAGAGGGUCCACAGGAGCCAAGGUUCCCUAUCAAUAUAGGAAUUACUGGAUAUGUGGCAGCAACUGGGGAGCCUCUGAAUAUUCCUGAUGCAUACUCAGAUGACAAGUUUGAUCUGUCAGUGGAUGUUGACUCAGGUUUCCGGACACGCUGUAUAUUAUGCAUGCCAAUCAAAAAUGCAUGUGGAAAAGUUAUAGGUGUUAGUCAGCUCAUCAACAAACUUGACCAAACAACUUUCAACAAAAAUGAUGAAAACUUGUUUGAGGCAUUCUCUAUCUUCUGUGGCAUGGGUAUUAACAACACACAGAUGUAUGAGACAGCACUACGAGCAAUGGCCAAACAAAGGGUGGCUCUGGAAGUGUUGUCCUACCAUGCCAUUGCUCCCAUGGAAGAAGCUCACAGACUCAGGAAACUGUCCAUUCCAUCUUCAACCCAUUAUAACUUGCUGGACUAUAAGUUCAAUGAUUUUCUGCUGGAUGAUGAUGACACGCUCAAAGCCACCAUCAGAAUGUUCACAGACCUGGAGCUCUUGGACGUCUUCAGCAUUAACUAUGAGAUCCUCUGUCGGUGGCUACUGAGUGUGAAGAAAAACUACCGAAAUGUUACAUAUCACAACUGGCGACAUGCGUUCAAUGUAGCUCAAACAAUGUUCAGCAUGCUAAAGCUAGGUGGAAUGGACAAUGUGUUGACAGAGUCAGAACGCUUGGCAUUGAUGGUUGGAUGUCUUUGUCAUGACCUUGAUCAUCGAGGGACAAACAACCAGUUUCAGCUUAAAGUGAACACACCUCUGGCGGAACUGUACACUACCUCAACCCUGGAGCACCAUCACUUUGAUCAGUGCAUCAUGAUUCUUACAACAAAGGGUAAUGAUAUUCUGUGUAAUGUAUCACAAAAUGAGUAUGAAGAAAUCCUUCAGAUGUUGGAGAGUGCUAUACUAUCAACAGACCUGGCUCUUUACUUCAGGUAUCGCGGACAAUUCUUUGAGCUGGUGAAGACUGACAAAGCUGACUGGAACAAUGAUGGGCAUAGAGAUUUACUCAGGUCAAUGAUGAUGACUGCCUCAGAUGUUGCAGCCAUUGCCAAACCAUGGGAGGUGCAGAGGAAGGUUGCAGAGCUAGUUGCUAGUGAAUUCUUUGAACAAGGAGAUAUUGAGAGAUCAGAGCUGAAGAUAGAGCCUAUGGCGAUGAUGGACCGGACUCAGAAGGACAAGCUGCCGGCUAUGCAAGUGGGCUUCAUAGACAACAUCUGUAUGCCUGUUUAUGAGGCAUUCAGUCGUGUAUCUGGAAACUUGGAUCCUCUCCUGUGUGGCUGUCAAGAGAACCGAGAGCACUGGCAACAGCUAGCAGAGGAACAGAGCAAGAAGCAGAUCUCCGAGCAGUCUCCAGAAAACACAGAGAAAGACAAAGAUGAAGAUGAAGAUAGAUCCUCCUGACAGUUACUGAAGUGCUGCACUUCCUGAAGUCAUCAGCACAAGAUCAACCUCAUAUUUGUGUAGCUAGGUCGACUGGAUUGGGAGGCACUUCAACAUACUGGUGGCAGACAUGAACACACUCAACCAGUGAUGUUAGUGUCAGAUAGGAGCAACGGUUUUUGUCAAUUCUAAACACAUGAAGUGAUUGGUGAUGCCUGCAUGACAGUGUGUCCGUGUGGGGCUUGGUCUGAUGUUUACAUUGGGCAUAAUUACGGGUAGGACUUGGCCUUGGGAGCAGACAGUGGCCUGCAGCAUAUCACCAGCAAUGUGACAUUUGUAACAGGUGAAAGGUUUAUGACAGAGUGGACAUUUAUGUUUUAGACAUGUGAUAUAAAGAUGACUUUGAAUGAUAUUUCUCCACUUUUGAUAUGGAUAAUCAGUCAUUUUAGAUAUUUUAAAAAUUCACUUGACAUAUGAGAAUCAGUUUGUGUAUCAUCGAAAUGUCAAUUUGAUCAAUGUGAUGUACUCCCGUCAAACUGUAUGGCAUCGGUUGUGUGGGAUCAGUAUCAUACUGUGUAGCAUCCAUAUCAGACUGUGUGCUAUUCAUAUCAUACUGUGUGGCAUCCAUAUCAGACUAUGUACUAUUGAUAUCAGACUGUGCGCUAUUCAUAUCAGACCAUGUGAUAUCAUAUUAGACUGUGUGAUAUUUAUAUCAUACUGUGUGAUAUCCAUAUCAUACUGUGUGCUAUCCAUAUCACACUAUGUGGCAUCCAUAUCAGACUGUGUGGUAUCCAUAUCAGACUGUUUGCCAUCCAUAUCAGACUGAGUGAUAUCCAUAUCAGGCUGUGUGAUAUCCAUAUAAGACUGUGUGAUAUCCAUAUAAGACUGUGUGCUAUCCAUAUAAGAAGGAUCUGUAUUAGACUGUGUGAUAUCCAUAUCAGACGGUGUGGUAUCCAUAUCAGACCGUGUGAUAUCCAUAUCAGGCAGUGUGAUAUUCAUAUCAGACUGUGUGCUAUCCAUAUCAGACUGAAGGAUCUGUAUCAGACUGUGCGAUAUCCAUAUCAGAUUGUGUGCUAUCCAUAUCAGACUGUGUGCUAUCCAUAUCAGAUUGUGUGAUAUCCAUAUCAGACUGUGCGAUAUCCAUAUCAGGCUGUGCUAUCCAGAUCAGACUGUGUGCUAUUCAUAUCAGACGGUGUGAUAUCCAUAUCAGACUAUGCGAUAUCCAUAUCAGGCUGUGCUAUCCAGAUCAGACUGUGUGCUAUUCAUAUCAGACUGUGUGAUAUCCAUAUCAGACUAUGCGAUAUCCAUAUCAGGCUGUGCUAUCCAGAUCAGACUGUGUGAUAUCCAUAUCAGACUGUGUGAUAUCCAUAUCAGACUGUGUGGCAUCCAUAUCAGACUGUGUAAUAUCCAUAUCAGACUGUGUGGCAUCCAUAUCAGACUUUGUGUUAUCCAUAUCAGAUUGUUUGGCAUCCACAAUAGACUGUGUGCCAUCCAUAUAAGACUGUGUGCUAUUCAUAUUAGACUGUGUGAUAUCAAUAUCAGGCAGUGUGAUAUCCAUAUCAGACUGUGUGCUAUCCAUAUCAGACUGUGUGAUAUCCAUAUCAGACUGAAGGAUCUGUAUCAGACCGUGUGAUAUCCAUAUCAGACUGUGUGGCAUCCAUAUCAGACUGUGUGGCAUCCAUAUCAGACUGUGUGGCAUCCAUAUCAGACUGUGUGAUAUCCAUAUCAGACUGUGUGGCAUCCAUAUCAGACUGUGUGGCAUCUAUAUCAGACUGUGUGAUAUCCAUAUCAGACUGUGGCAUCCAUAUCAGACUGUGUGGCAUCCAUAUCAGACUGUGUGGCAUCCAUAUCAGACUGUGUGAUAUCCAUAUCAGACUGUGUGGCAUCCAUAUCAGACUGUGUGGCAUCCAUAUCAGACUGUGUUGCAUCCAUAUCAGACUGUGUGCCAUCCAUAUAAGACUGUGUGAUAUCCAUAUCAGACUGUGUGCCAUCCAUAUAAGACUGUGUGCUAUUCAUAUCAGACUGUGUGAUAUCCAUAUCAGGCAGUGUGGCAUCCAUAUCAGACUGUGAUAUCCAUAUCAGAUUGUGUGGCAUCCAUAUCAGACUGUGUAAUAUCAGACUUUGUGGCAUCCAUAUCAGACUGUGUGCCACCCAUAUAAGACUGUGUGAUAUCUAUAUCAGACUGUGUGAUAUCCAUAUCAGACAGUGUGGCAUCCAUAUCAGACUGUGAUAUCCAUAUCAGAUUGUGUGGCAUCCAUAUCAGAUUGUGUGGCAUCCAUAUCAGACUGUGUGGCAUCCAUAUCAGACUGUGUGGCAUCCAUAUCAGACUGUGAUAUCCAUAUCAGUCUGUGUGCUAUCCAUAUCAGACUGUGUGAUAUCAGGGUGUGGCAACCAUAUCAGACUGUGUUGCAUCCAUAUCAGACUGCGUGGCAUCCAUAUCAGACUGUGAUAUCCAUAUCAGACUGUGUGAUAUCCAUAUCAGUCUGUGUGCUAUCCAUAUCAGACUGUGUGAUAUCAGAGUGUGGCAUCCAUAUCAGACUGUGUGGCAUCCAUAUCAGACUGUGAUAUCCAUAUCAGACUGUGUGAUAUCCAUAUCAGUCUGUGUGCCAUCCAUAUCAGACUGUGUGCUAUCCAUACCAGACUGUGUGGUAUCCAUAUCAGACUGAAGGAUCUGUAUAAGACUGUGUGAUUUCCAUAUCAGACUGUGUGAUAUCCAUAUCAGACUGUGUGCCAUCCACAUCAGACUGUGUGAUAUCCAUAUCAGACUGAAGGAUCUGUAUAAGACGGUGUGAUUUCCACAUCAGACUGUGUGAUAUCCAUAUCAGACUGAAGGAUCUGUAUAAGACGGUGUGAUUUCCAUAUCAGACUGUGUGAUAUCCAUAUCAGACUGUGUGGCAUCUAUAUUAGACUGUGUGGCAUCCCUAUCAGACUGUUGGGCAUCCAUAUCAGACUGUGUGCUAUUCAUAUCAGAUUGUAUGAUAUCCAUAUCAGACUGUGUGAUAUCCACAUCAGACUGCGUGAUAUCCAUAUCAGACUGUGUUGCAUCCAUAUCAGACUGCGUGGCAUCCAUAUCAGACUGUGAUAUCCAUAUCAGACUGUGUGAUAUCCAUAUCAGUCUGUGUGCUAUCCAUAUCAGACUGUGUGAUAUCAGAGUGUGGCAUCCAUAUCAGACUGUGUGGCAUCCAUAUCAGACUGUGUGUUAUCCAUAUCAGAUUGUUUGGCAUCCACAAUAGACUGUGUGCCAUCCAUAUCAGACUGUGUGCUAUCCAUAUCAGACUGUGUGAUAUCCAUAUCAGACUGAAGGAUCUGUAUAAGACUGUGUGAUUUCCAUAUCAGACUGUGUGAUAUCCAUAUCAGACUGUGUGCCAUCCACAUCAGACUGUGUGAUAUCCAUAUCAGACUGAAGGAUCUGUAUAAGACGGUGUGAUUUCCACAUCAGACUGUGUGAUAUCCAUAUCAGACUGAAGGAUCUGUAUAAGACGGUGUGAUUUCCAUAUCAGACUGUGUGAUAUCCAUAUCAGACUGUGUGGCAUCUAUAUCAGACUGUGUGGCAUCUAUAUCAGACUGUGUGUUAUCCAUAUCAGAUUGUUUGGCAUCCACAAUAGACUGUGUGCCAUCCAUAUCAGACUGUGUGCUAUCCAUAUCAGACUGUGUGAUAUCCAUAUCAGACUGAAGGAUCUGUAUAAGACUGUGUGAUUUCCAUAUCAGACUGUGUGAUAUCCAUAUCAGAGUGUGUGCCAUCCACAUCAGACUGUGUGAUAUCCAUAUCAGACUGAAGGAUCUGUAUAAGACGGUGUGAUUUCCACAUCAGACUGUGUGAUAUCCAUAUCAGACUGAAGGAUCUGUAUAAGACGGUGUGAUUUCCAUAUCAGACUGUGUGAUAUCCAUAUCAGACUGUGUGGCAUCUAUAUCAGACUGUGUGGCAUCCAUAUCAGACUGUGUGGCAUCCAUAUCAGACUGUGUGCUAUUCAUAUCAGAUUGUAUGAUAUCCAUAUCAGACUGUGUGAUAUCCACAUCAGACUGUGUGAUAUCCAUAUCAGACUGUGUGCUAUUCAUAUCAGACUGUAUGAUAUCCAUAUCAGACUGUGUGAUAUCCACAUCAGACUGUGUGACAUCCAUAUCAGACUGUGUUGCAUCCAUAUCAGACUGUGUGAUAUCAGAGUGUUGAAACCAUAUCAGACUGUGUUGCAUCCAUAUCAGACUGCGUGGCAUCCAUAUCAGACUGUGAUAUCCAUAUCAGACUGUGUGAUAUCCAUAUCAGACUGUGUGAUAUCCAUAUCAGACUGUGUGAUAUCAGGGUGUGGCAACCAUAUCAGACUGUGUUGCAUCUAUAUCAGACUGUGUGGCAUCCAUAUCAGACUGUGAUAUCCAUAUCAGUCUGUGUGCUAUCCAUAUCAGACUGUGUGAUAUCAGGGUGUGGCAACCGUAUCAGACUGUGUUGCAUCCAUAUCAGACUGCGUGGCAUCCAUAUCAGACUGUGAUAUCCAUAUCAGACUGUGUGAUAUCCAUAUCAGUCUGUGUGCUAUCCAUAUCAGACUGUGUGAUAUCAGAGUGUGGCAUCCAUAUCAGACUGUGUGGCAUCCAUAUCAGACUGUGAUAUCCAUAUCAGACUGUGUGAUAUCCAUAUCAGUCUGUGUGAUAUCCAUAUCAGUCUGUGUGAUAUCCAUAUCAGUCUGUGUGAUAUCCAUAUCAAACUGAGGUCUCUUAUAUGCCACUGUGUGAGAUGUAUAUCAGACUGUUUCAGAUGAAUCUGUGCCACUGUGUGAGAUGUGUAUGAGACUGAUACAGUUCGAGAUCUGUCAGACAGUAAUAUGUCCGUAUGAUGUGUGAAUGUUGAGCAACUGAAGUAUGCCCCAUAGUAAAGCCACUGGACCACAUAGUCAUCUCUUGAGGUAGAUCCAACUGGGAGAAAUCUCACGCUGAAAUCAACGGUUUGUUAUGACUUGCAUUUCAAAGCAACUUCAACUGCCUUAUUACAUGUUGUCACAUGAUCAGUAUGCUGUCAAGGGCAACCGAUGUCAUGUCAAACAAUUUAUGUUUGCAUUUUGACUAUACUGUUAAAUGUAUUUUAUUGCUUUGGAGCUAGGAACAAACUCCACACUAGUGUACAGUUGUACUAUUUUGAUGUAAUUAAGUACCAAUGACUUAAUGGCCCUAUCCAUAUGAUGUUGACCGUUGGACAGGAUCCUGUACAACUGACCGUACAAUGUUACAUAGAAGUCUGUAUGUCGUAGUUGUACACUGGCACACUGUAGUGAGUUGUGAUCCCAGCUGCCACACGUCCACAUGUACUGGACGCUCUGCAUACUGUCCUGUGCAGUGCAUGCUUCAUAUACUUAAAUGUCAAAGUAUCAAAAGUGAUUAUGACAAGAUUAUGUAUGAUGUAUCAUAUGUGAAGUCAUCUGUUUUAUGCAGUACCAAUUAUUCAGAUUCUAAUAUGGCAUAAUAUGAAAUCCACACAAGUUGUAACCUGGGUUAUGUGUUGGUCAGAGCGCUGGUUACUACCCACUGUUUUCAUGGCAACAAGUACCUUCCAAAUGACAAAUGUAUGGUUCUUGUUGAUGGUGCAUUUAUUUAGCCUUGAGUCUACUUGUUAUAUUUAUUUGUUUCUUUUUAUAGAUCACUGACUUGUGAGUAAAUACCUGUAAGUGGAUGUGUAUAUUGCUGAACAUGUCUAUGUUUGUCAUUGUGUCAGCCAGCACACACAGGUUACCACACAGAAUACUGGUGUGUGAAGAAGUGUGAUGGGCUGAACCUAUGGAUGAUAGGCUGAACCUGCAUGAAGAUGGGUGAUGGGCUGUUUGAUGUGUGAUGGGCUGAACCUAUGUGUGAUGGGCUGUACCUGCAUGAAGAUGUGUGAUUGGCUGAACCUAUGUGUGAUAGGCUGAACCUGCAUGAAGAUGUGUGAUUGGCGGAACCUGCAUGAAGAUGUGUGAUGGGCUGAACCUGCAUGAAGAUGUGUGAUGGGCUGAACCUGUUUGAAGAUGUGUGAUGGGCUGAACCUGU